CCCUUUCCUAAAGUGCGCUCAAUGUCGUAGAAGCCCACACGGACCGGACCCCGGAGCAGCGGUUUCUGGACGCUGUCAGCCAUGACCAUGCUGUUCUCGACGGGACUGUCUCGGCGGCGGCGACGGAGGACGAGGAGCACACACUGUCACAUGGGCAGUUGUCUCCUACUGAGUGGUGGACUGUAGACAUGCAGAGCUGCGCUCCAAAGGCCCCUGCUGUCACGCACAGACUUCCUGAAUUCAUGCUAGGAGGAUGCCGUGAAAAUCUCACGAGGCGUCUUUGGCGGCUGUUUGUUCCCGUUACUCUGCAUCUUGUUUACGGGGGAAACAUCAGCCAACACGUCCAAGAGGGGCCAUCCUGUCCACCAGGUUUUUACUGCCUGCAGGGUAGUAGCAUCCCACUGCCUUGUCCUAGGGGAACUUACGGGCCGGCCGCAGACAGUGUAUCCGUGGACAGCUGUAUAAAGUGCCCUCCUCACCAUUACUGUCCCAGACCGGGUCUGUCUGCAUCACUCCCAUGUGGACCUGUGGCUCAGCAGCCCCUGUCUGGCCAGGACACCUGUGUCUGCCCGGGACAGGGACAGAACUUCCAGAGGAGCGACGGGCAGUGCCAAUGUACACUUGACUAUCAAGCGACCCAAAGCGAAGAUGUGUGUGUGCACAAAGUUUACAGCAUCUGCAGGGAUGGGAAAACACGCACUCAAAACGGAGACUGUCUGGACCGACAGGAGUGGUCACUUCACUGCAGGACACAGGUGUGUCCAUCUGCAGAAGACUACGAGGGCUACGACGGAGAGCUGGGUCUGUGUGUGUGCACAGAACCCCCUGGGAGAGCUGCGUGUGGGGGCCUAUGCAGGAAAAGGCCUACUACUGAAUUAAAGCUCCGAUGCAGGUCCAAAGGAAAACUGGAACUGGUUUUGCGUUUUGACAGUCAGGUCUCAGUGGUCUCUGGCAUGGUUCUGGAGAGGCUCUUUAAACUGUGGGACCCCCACGGGAGCCUGCACUGCGCCAGCCAUCUAAUCGCCUCACGCCCUGUCUACAUUGUUCAGACAAGCAGUUGGGGACACACACGCAAACACUUCAGCUCAUUGUCGUUUUUCUUUAUGCGUCUAUCAAGUUCUCCAUUGUCGUCACGCUCUGUCUCCACGCAGAAGCGGGCUUCCUCGGCCUCCUCGAUGGCCGCAUCCCGGAGGAACUUCAGCAACUGUUUUUGUUGCUCAACGAGCUGCAGGAGGCUCCGAGCCAACAUGGUUUAACCCAGCAAAACACUUUGCGAUUGAUAUUAUUAUCAUUCUUAUUAUU